ACAGAAUCUUGGCAUGAUGCAAACAUAUGCGACGGGACACUUGCAUGCCAAUGCAAACGACAAAUAUCACUGUCAAAACCUGAAGCUUUUGAUGUCAUUCUGAAUCCUUCCACACAAGAAACAACCAGUAUUGGAAUAUUUCACAAGAUUUGCCGAUGGGGAAGUACCCGAUUGUGGAGACUACUAGAUGGUAAGCAUAGUUACUUUUGUACUUGUAAUAAGUCUUUCCCAUUUUACAUAAAUACUUGAAAAACCUAUACUCUGUGAUGAGCAGAAAACCAAAUUCAUUUGCCUAUAUACAGUUACCUUCAUAGUUCUAUUCAAAGUUAAUAAUGUUACAUCCACAGAAUUAAAUGAAGAUUGUUACACGUUUCAGAUGGCUUGUGUACGAAAACAGCAUGGCUACGGACAUAUUUCAAGGAAAUGACACCUGAAAAAAAUGAAGAUCUUCAGGAAGGCUGUGAUGUACAGACCCAGGACCAAAUAGAUGUUGGUGAUUCUGUUGCUGCAGAUGUCACCAUGUAUGAUGUGGAAUCUCCAUUGCAGAUUGCCCCAUGUGACCUACCAGAAUGCAUUGAAGGCCAGUCUGAUAGUGAGGAAGAGGACUACCUUAUUGAUAUAAUGACAGCUGUUGAUGUCCUAGAAAAAGAAGUAGCUGGUGAUGCCAACAGUGCAGACACAACCAUGGAUGGGAUUGCCACAGGUUUAGAUGACUCCCUGCUAGAAACCUCAAUAGAUCAGUUGACUUUAGAUGAUGACACACCAAGAGAUGAAAACAUCAUGACUGCAUUUGGCUUCCAGAAGUAUUCACCCCCUCCUUUGCUUACCAGACAUCCACCUCCAGCUUCUGGCAGAGAUGAUGACAUAAACAAGCUUAGGGAGAUCUUGGAUGAUAUUCUGAUCAAGACUGAGCUGGAUGAUAAUCUUGGAUACGAUGUUUGCCUUGACAGGAUACUUUUAGGACCAGACAACAAAAUUGGUAUGAAUUUGUUGUCCUUGAUUAAGGAAAACAAAAAGUAUGCAAAGUUUUUGCCAGAGUUCCCCCUCUUACAUCUGAGAAAGUCAAAGGUGAAUACUUUGUUUAGUGCAUACAAACAUGCUGGCCUUGUGGAGCUGCUCAUGGUUAUGAGAGAUCAAGAUGUCACAGAAUGGUCAAAGCUACUAACAGCUGAUCACAUCGACACAGCAACAAGACAUGUUAGAAGAAUUGCUCAGGCACUGCAAAUGGCAUUCUUACUGAAAUUUAUACAGUCUUUGGGUGAUGAUGAUGCGAAGAUAAUCACAUGGCACUUGAUCACAGGAAAGUCAACUACUGCCUCUGAGACAUGGGAUGAACGAAUGAUGCAAUUCAUGGAUAAAGGAAGGCAAAUGAAUGCUACUUUUGCCCUCCAUUAUGACAUGAUGACACACUGCAAUGAAGUAGUUGCUAUUUCAGUCUCAGAACGGCUCGGGGGCUCCAAAGGAUACAGUCUCCUAUUGGGAACUGUAAAGUCAUCAUUGAAGUUUUCUUUCUUGAAUGGUGCUACCUCGUAUGCUCCGUAUUGUGCAAGGCUACUGGCUCAUCACUAUACAGCAGGCAUCUUCCACCAGAAGCUAAAGGAGACACUGUACUCAACACCUAUUGGGAACAGUACGGUAAAUUUUGCUUGUGAUACCAAGAGGGAGAUGGACCACAAAGAUGCACUGAAGGGAUUUAGAUCGGGCUCAUCUCUUGAAUCUGCUUCAAGAAGGAUGUCGCUUAUUGAUGCAUUCAAUGAUAUCCAUUCCACCAAGGAGAAGACCAAAGAAAAGGACGGAGUACAGUGGUUAUUUUCAAACAUAGAUGCUGAGCACAUUUUCAGGGUAGUGGAAGUCAUUUUACGCCAGAAUUCUUUGUCUUUGGAGGCCUGUACCACUCCAUUCAAUAUGUAUUCUGAAAAGAGGUCUUUACUGUCCAGAGAAAUUCUUGAUGAUGACACCAGAGCAAUUGGCGAAUAUCUGAUACAAAAGUUCAUUUGUCAUGACCAACUGUUUGGUUUAUCCUCUGCUGAUGUUCCAAGCCUUAUGACAGUGGAAGGUCCUAAACCACUGCUCAGCAGAGUGAAGAGAUCCAAAGGUGUUACCAUCAAGAGAACAAUCAAAGCCACUAGACACGUCCAACAGUCUGAACGAGAUGAGAAAGAACAAAAACGAUCCAAGGCCAUCAGACGGGAAGUUAAGCAAACGGAUUGCCUUUCCUCGGAAAUGAACAUGUGCCAAGCACUAGUGAAACCAGACUGCAGCAAACCUAAGAUCCAGAAAUCAACUUCUAUGAAGAAUGCUCUCAUGAAAUGCAUUGAAGAUUGUCAGGCAGGAAACAGGCAUGGUGUCAUUGAGUCUGUUAAAGGACCCUUGCCAAUAUGGUUGACAAGUAAUGUAAAGUUAGUUACCCUUGAAUUUGCUGGAGUGAAAUUUAAAAGUAAAGUUAUCACAGGAAAGCAAUAUCUGCACUAUGUACAAAAUGCUAUAUUGCGUCCCCUACCGUCAAAAAUGCCAAAUUUGGAGAGAAUAGUGCUGUGUGAAGAGAAGUAUUCCUUCACUCCCGAUCAGUUUAAGGCAGGCACAAGGCAACAGAGAAAAAAGGCCUGCAGUGUAUCUUCUAUUACCCAUCUGAAACCAGCUGAUGAUGCCAUUACACAGCAGCGAUUUCAACGAGAUGUCAUAACUGGAACAACAUUUGGGAAAUCUCUCAUUAGCAAGUAUGUUGCAGCUAACGCUAAAGACCUGCUAUUGCCACCAGGCAUUACACUUGACAUAGACAGUGAACUUGAAAUGCACACCUGUACGUGUGAUGGAGCUUGCACAUGCAAACAUUAUGCAACGCCAAUCCGUUGUACAUUUGACAAAGAAAGUCAAAAACCAACCAUUACAGCUCUGGUGGAUGUUCAACAACGUAAAGGUGAAGCAGAAAUGUCACAGGUAGACUGGCUAAUAGCCAGCAGAUCUGAUCUCAAAGCAGGCGAAAGAGUUGUCAGUUUGAUUACAUCAGGUGACAUUGAUGCUGUCUGCAUUCAUCUCUAUGCCAUAUCCAAGCACUGGCCUCGUCAUGACAAUGGCUCUUUUAUAAAUGAAGUUUUUGUGGUUCUGCAGAAGCCACAUAUGCUUCAUGAUAUCUACAACAUCACAGCCAUCAUUCAACUUUUUGAGGAUAAAUACCAAGAUCCAGACAUAGGAGUGAAGCUGGCAUUGGGUCUCUGCAUUGGAGGGAAUGACUUCAUCCCCAAAUUCAAAGGUAUCUCACAUACCCAAAUUUUGAAGACAUACCUCUCCAGCAGUCACUUUAGGCAAAAUCUUUUCCAGAUUUUGAAAGGAACACAACCCUCAAUUGACAAAGAUAUUUAUGAAGAUUUCGUAAAACAUCUCUACUGUCCAAAAAAUGUAUCUCCAAAUUCUGUUACCGUAGAAGAAGUAAGAACGGUGAGCAUGAAACUGAAAAAGAAAUCCGAUGACAGCUUUAUCUCCCAGCUUGAGCUCAGAAAUGCCGAAACAUGGAUGCCACCAACCAGUGCACUCCAUCGCCUAGCUGACCUGAUCCAACUCCAGGUAGAGUACCUGGAGACAGCAGGAUACCACGAUGCUGAUCUGCCGGAUUUCAUGGCUUCCUCAUGCCUCAAAAUAACAAAAACAGGAGAGGUCGAAUAUGACUUUGGACCGGAGGUCCAUUUGAAUGUACAAGACAUCCAAACUAAAAUUAAAGAUGGCAAGAGAAAACAAGAAGAUACACCACAGAAAGGACAAAGGAGGAAGAGACAACUUACAUCCACACCCAGAAAGAAACCUUGAAAAUAUAGUCAGUACCUUAAUUGACAUCAUCAGACUUCAGACAAUGUUGAUAAAUAUUUUGAGGAAGAUGUUAUACAUACCAAAGUUGACAAUGUGAACAACAUAAUUCAGCAUUUUGUUAGUACUGCUUCCUUCAAAGAAGAAUUCAACACAUUUCACAAACAGUUUCUAUCACACAAUCAGGACAUGACAGUUAAUUUCUUGUGGAUAGUGAAAAUGAAAAGACAUUUUAUGCUCAUAUUCUCACAGUGUAUUUCAAUAGUCAGUAUUUUGUAGAUAUUUGUGCCUUGUAUUUGUAACAUCUACAAUAUGGAUAGAUAUGUAUCUUCUCAUGACCAAUUUGUAUAAAGUAGAACAUGUUCAUCAAAAUCAUACUAUCAGUUUGUGUUUGUACACAGCAAUGUACAGACAUUUAAAUCAGCAUAUGUUAUGGCCAGACAACAGGCAGUACAUGGACAUGUUUUCACUAUGUUGUGGAAAGUGAUACAGAUGAUACUGUCAUGAACACUUUGUACCACCACACAGUCGUGUGAAUUACCAUUAUUUUAUGUACUUAUUUUAUGAACACUUAACGCUGUAACAGUACAUGAACAUGCCAUUUUUGUCGAUGAUUGAAAACGGCAGACACAUGUAUGUCAUAGUGCAUCAAUGUGCACUACAUUAUUCACGGCUCGGGAAGAUCCGGUGUACAGCAACCCAUGCUUGCCGUAAAAGGCGACUAACGGGGUCGGGUGGUCAGGCUCGCUGACUUGGUUGAUGCAUGUCAUCCCAAUUGCGUGGAUCGAUGCUCAUGAUGUCAAUCACUGGAUUGUCUGAUCCGGACUUGAUUAUUCACAGACCACCGUCAUAUAGCUGGAAUAUUGCUGAGUGCGGCGUUAAACAACAAACAAACAAAACAUAAUUGACACAUCAUAUCAAUCCAUGAUCCAAAUGGAUUCUUUCAUUGACUGUAUGAAGUGCCUUAUAAUUUUUUUCUUUUCCAAAAUCAUAAUUCACAACGAUGUGUAUAUAAGUAAGUAUAUGUAAAUAGUUAACCGAAUCUGUUUACAAUUAGUUUAGCAUAGUUUUCAUACAAUACUAUUUGAUGCUGAAUAACUUUCAGAAAAUACAUGCCAGAGCAAAGUCACUGAUUCCCCGCAUGCAAAUCGUAAAUUUGCUAAGUAUAUUUACAUGUAUUUGAUAACAAUGUUCUGAAAAUGUUAUGAAUUUGAUGUUAUUAAAUGAAUCUUAUGAAAUGUUAUCAGUUGAAUGCUAUGAAGUGAUCACUGCUAAUACAAAUCAAUGCUGUAAAUACGUGUAUUGUCAUUUGUUUUAUCCAAGAUAGCGGAUAUAAACACAAACAUAUACAACGAACAACGGAUAUAAUGAACUGAUUUCUCUGGUCCCUUGUAGUUCGUUUUAUCCAUGUUCUACUGUACUCGGAAGUUCAUGCUCAGCUGUGUGCGUUCUGUUUUAAAUUCAUUUGAUGUUUGCUAUUCAAUACAUAUUUAUUGAAAGAACAAACCCUACUCUUUGCCUGGAGGACGCACUUUAGGUUCUCCCCUAUUUCAUUUACAUUACAAAAUGUUCAUGCAAAGAAAAUUUGCAUCUCCUCUCUAGGCCUUUUUAAUAUUUGUAUUCAAUGGUGUAUGUCAACUUUCCGUUAUAAGUAGAAGUAUACACCCUGCUCCCUGUGGGUAUUUUUGUACAAUAAAUCUUCUUCUAAUGUAUAAAAUAUUAUUGAAUAGUUGCAAAUUUUAGUGUAACUGUAAAUCACUCCAAUUCAACAUAAACCAUCAGUUCAACAUUAUACUCAUUAAUUAAUCAACCAUGUAAUAAUAAAUACAUUCAACUUUUCAUUCAACUUGCUGAAAACACAGGCUACACAGAAUAGUAAAGAAUUCUUCAAAUGACACAUCUGGAAGCAAGGUCGUAGCGCUAAUGAGAAAAGUCAAGGAAUGGGGUCAAGAAAGGUCGUAUGUUAAGGCCUGUUGGCUGAAUUUAUUUUGACACUUUACAACAAAUACAAGUGAUAGCUUAUCGGGGCAAAAUGCUGAGGAGACUGGGUUAUACGUAGGACUGUAA